UCGUCGUCCGAGUGCCGUCGCGUGGAAGACAGCCCCGCGCACUUCCUCUAUCAAAGUGAAAAAAGCCCCCACCCCAUAUCGGAAACGGAAGAUUCGCGAAUUUGUGAUGCUGUAUUUGAGUACACAAAUCGACGUGUAUUGCUAGAAGGCCAAGAGACGAAGCUGCGGCCUAAAUUGCAGGCAAUCUGUCAUGCUGUUUCCCACUUCCAGUUGCCUCCUGUCAUCCUGGCGCUGCAAGGCUUUCCCACG